AUGGCCUGCCUGCAGACUUUGCAGUGCUUAACGCUUCUUGGUGCCGGAGUUUUCUCAGCACUCGUGCAUGCACUCGGCCCUCGGUUCAGCGUUCAUUCUCAUCCUCAUCGUUGUUGGGAAGAUGGGCUCAGUUUCCAUGGCUGUUGCAACAGCCGUUUCAACAUAAAAGCCAUACCAGCUGUGCUUCGGCACAGGCAGAGAAUGGCUGGGGAUCCUGAUUGUUUCUCUACACUGCAGCAGUACUGGACUUGCUGUGCAUUGAACGACAACCCCAUCGGUAUACUUUACGACGUGAUGCUACUUCUCUAUCGUGUUCCGCCCCAAGGUUCUACCAACAAGACGACUCACCUACUGGUCUUGCAAGGCCUUGCAAUACGCCAUGUUGCCAGCCUGCUGCAAAACAAAGAAGUUCAGCAAGUGCCGGGAGUAAAGGACUUCCUUACCGUGGCAGAGCCAUUUCAACUUAGUCAUGACACAGGAGCUGGCACUGUUUGGCCAUUUUCAGUAGUAGCCGCGCAAGCCAUCUCUGCAAACUUUGACUUUGGAUUUCCCAUUGAUGGCACCAGAAGCUUCUUGGAGUUGGGCAGCGGUACCGGGCUGGUGUCAAUGGUCGCCUUGUCCCUGGGCUUCGCUGUGCUUUCGACGGAUCUGUGCCCCAUCAGCAUGCACCAGCGCCAGCUCAGCGUGGAGGCAUCCUUCGGACCGACGUCCAGUCGGGCGAAGCGCUUCCGACAGCAGCAGCUGGACCUUUUCAACGCCUCCACCUGGCCAGCGCGGAGAGUGGAUGUCACCUGCAUGACGCGGCUGGCUGAGGAUAUGACCCAGUUCUGCGUGGGCUUCCGCCAGGUCCUGCGGGCGACCUUGAAGCCCAUGGGCGUGGGCAUCUAUGCCGGCGGCGUUUUCGGUAUGCGGAAAACUGAACGAGCCUGCGUGGAAAGUGAUGAGGUGUUCCAUGCACAAGCGCAUUUGCCACUGGAAGAUGGCUCUUGGAUUGAAACUGACCUGGACUUUGACAACCAUCUGGCCCUCAAGAAGCCAGUCUUUGUCACAUUGCGUUGGAAGCACUAA